AUGGAGCAAUCACUUGAAAAAGAACUACUUUAACGUAUGAAAUAAAGUAAGUAUUUGUUAACAAUAUUGAAUCAUCGAAGCAUAGAGAAAAUAUAAAAUGGUUUUAUUGGCUUUUAAAUCACUUAAGGACUUGUAUAUAAAUUAAGGGUAUUUCUAUUAAAAAGAGAAGGGGAAAAUAAAAUAUUCAAAAUUUUAUUUCAAGAAUGGUUUGGUAGAGAAUAAACUGCAAAGGAUAAGAUGCAUGAACUAUUAUAAUAAUAUAAAAAAUAAUGA